AGUUCCUCACAGGUGCUGAGAGCUUGGUCGUUGUCCAGAAUGCUGAGCCAGUGAGAAUCCACGGGGUGACCCAGUUCUGAAGCAUGGACUCAGAGGAGCUCUCGGCGAACAACGCACCCCUCACCGUUAACGAACAGCCAUUCACUGUCUGACUGCAGAAGUGUUUUUUCAGCCAUUAGGUUCCUGCACUGUGAAAUUCUCUGCUCAUGAUGACCAGGUAUGCACACUGUCCCACCUUCUCCUCUGUUUUCACUGAGAUGCUCCGUGUCUUGCUCAGGUGCCAUUCGCUCCAUCCUCUUCUUUCCUUCUUCCUCUCCUCUGUCUCUCCCGUUCUCUCGGGAUUUACUGGGGCUUGAGCAGAUCAACAAUCUAUUUUUCCCUCCUAGGGGAGUAGUUGUAAGGGUGAAAUGUAGACUAGCUGUGUACUUCUUUUUUAAAAAAAAUUUUAAGUAUAUUUUUUGGGCUUUUUGCCUUUAUUCUGACAGGACAGCGAAGAUUGACAGGAAGUGAGUGGGAGAGAGAGAGAUGGGGUGGGAUCGGGACAUGACCGCAGGUCGGAUCCAAACCCGGGUCCCCAUGGGCACCCGGACUCGUACAUGGUACGGGCGCUGUAGCCCGUUGCGCCACAGCGCCCCCAACCAGUUGUGUACUUCUAGGUGAACUUGGGGAAACCAAAGCAGUCCAGUGCCAGCCAUGUCUGUGCCAGUUCAGCUGGUGUUUCUGCAGCUUAACCAAAUUCUUAGGGUUCCCUUUAGAAACGGCCAGCAGUGAAAUAUUCACCCUAAUUGAAAUAGAAAGGGCUGCCUUCACAACGACGCCCUGGUGGUAUUUCUUUAAUUGCUGUGAUUGCUCAGUCCACCACUGAGGAGCUAUAAGAGCUGUAAUAUAGUACCGUAUGGCUGUUUUUUUUUUCCGUGUUUGUGUGUGCAGCAAUUCUGACUUGAAAUGUUUGUGUAUUUCCUAUAGCUGAAUAGAUCAGACUAUUCUCUUAGCCUCUCAGAGUGAUAAUGAGGCAUCGGUUUCCAUGAUGUCCCUGAGCAGCCCUUCCUUCUCAUGCAGGUCAUUGUGAUGUCUGGCCAUGAGACGAUCCGCGUCCUCGAGGUGGAGGUCGACUCUUCCCUGACGUCCUCGGGCUCGGAAGGGAAGGCGGCGGCCGAUGGCGAGGAGGUGGGGAAACUGACCUCGGAGGGAGGGGCUCCGAGCGCUCCUACCGGAGCCAAUAGAAUAAAGACAGGAGGUGAGCUGGAGGUGUCUGCUGAUGCUUCAGCCCCUGCUCCUCAGACUCUGAUUAGCUCUGAAGCGGUCAGUGUGUCUGUUCAUCAGCCACAGACCACUGUGCCCAUCACCGUCCAGGCCUGUCCACAGGUGCUGACCCAGGACGGCUUGGCCACCCUGAUGACGGGCAUGAUGGCGCAGCCGGGCUCCCUGGGCCAACCUCUGCUCAUCCCCAUCAGCAUGGCCGGCUCGGUGACGGGACAGGGCGGCCUGGCCGUGCUCACCUUCCCCACGGCCACCGUGGCCACCCUGCCUGGCCUCGCCGCCAGCUCGGCCGGGGGCCUCCUGAAGCUGCCAUUCACUGGCCUGCAGGCCGCCACUAUGCUGAACUCAGUCCAGCCACAGCUGCAGAUGCCCACGCAGACGCUCUUCGCUCCCCAGGCCUUGCAGUCGGUGCAGGCUGCCAUGCAGACGUCCACACAGAGCACGCUGCCCACCACGGCGCAGGUUGCCACAGCAACGACAACGGUGGCCACUCCCAGAACCUCGGAGCCCAGCGCAUCCGUGGCGACACUCCAGACAGCUGGGUUCUCCAUAAAUCCCGCCAUCAUCAGUGCAGCAUCCUUGGGUGCCCAGCCACAAUUUAUCAGCUCCCUGACCACAACUCCUAUUUUCACCAGUGCCAUGUCCAAUAUGGCUGGCCUCACCAGCCAGAUCAUCACCAACGCCCAGGGACAGGUGAUUGGCACCUUACCUUUCCUGGUGAAUCCUGCCUCCCUAGCGGGCGGUGCUGCCACACAAACCUUGCCCACUCAGGGCCUGCAGGUCCAGACGGUGUCCCCCCAGCUGGUGCUCAAUGCACAGGGCCAGAUCAUCGCCACCAUCGGGAACGGCCCCGCCCAGGUGCCCACCACUGCCGCUGUCUUGUCCAAGCCCUCGGCCGCACUGACUUUCACCAAGCCAGCCUCACAGGGUCCUGUGGUGACCAUGGCACAGUCCCCCGUUGCUAUUGCCCCCCUGGUCAUCGAUCCCCAGCCCUCCGUGGUGAAGCCAGUGCCCCCCUCUCUGGCAUCUGCAGUGCCCUUGGCCAGCGGAGAGGCGCCCACAGUGGGACAGCUCGUCAGCAAGCCGCCUCAGGGGGGCACAGACGAGGAGUGCAUAAACCUGGAGGAGAUCCGUGAGUUCGCCAAGAACUUCAAGAUCCGCCGGCUCUCGCUAGGUCUCACGCAAACGCAGGUGGGCCAAGCGCUGACCGCCACCGAGGGCCCCGCCUACAGUCAGUCCGCCAUCUGCAGGUUCGAGAAGCUGGACAUCACCCCCAAGAGUGCCCAGAAGUUGAAACCAGUCUUGGAGCGCUGGCUAGCCGAGGCCGAACUCUGGAACCAGAAGGGUCAGCAGAACCUGAUGGAGUUUGUGGGCGGGGAGCCGUCCAAGAAGCGCAAGCGCCGGACCAGCUUCACGCCGCAGGCCAUCGAGGUGCUCAACUCCUACUUCGAGAAGAACGCCCUGCCCACCGGCCAGGAGAUAACGCAGAUCGCCAAGGAGCUCAACUACGACCGUGAGGUGGUGCGCGUGUGGUUCUGCAACCGCCGGCAGACACUGAAGAACACCAGCAAGAUUAAUGUCUUUCAGGUGCAACAGCAGCAACAGCAACAGCAGCAGCAUCAGCAGAAGCACUGAGAACACGGAACCGCUCAUGGCUGGCUGUUCAGCAGUGCAAUAGGACGGACAUAAGGGAGGUUGGCGUUCCAGGACUAGGGGUUGUGGGGUUUUUUUGGGGUGAGAGGAACUAGAGGAGAGCAACAUGAAGGAAUAAGGAAACAUUUUUAAUACUGCAACGUGAAGGCACUUUUUUGGGAGAAAGAUGAAGGCAGUCAAAGAGACGCACAGAGAAACAAAGGCAGUGGAACACAAGGAUGAAGCUUGUGUGACAUGAUGCUAAAUGUGAACAAUUCAGUGCUUACCUGUUUCUUCACCUUUUUAUACUGAGGAACGGUAGCAAGUCUGCACCACCACAUUCUUUUUGGGGUUUUUAAAAUAUAUUGAAAUAUACCCUCAUGUGUCAUUAAGAGACAUACAGUUGAUUUCAUAUUGGAAGCUCAAUUUCAUAAACUUUACAUUGUGAGUAACACUUUAUUAGGCCUCAGUUAGAGGUCCGUCAUCAUCCACUGAGGAGACCUUGGGCCCCACCCCCUCCCCUCCAUCUUGUUGUUACAAUUUGCCCUAGUUAAGAGGGUCACAGUCAUAUUCCUGUGUAAACUAUGGUCCUGGGAGACUCCAGGUCUGUGCGCGACUUUGGAGCAGUUAAUUUUUCUUUUCUGUCAGACGCACAGAGGUACGUAUCAUCAGCUUUCUCCUCAACUUUUUAUGAGUUAGUGUGUGUGGAGAUGGUCAGUGUGUGUGAGUGUGUUUUGUCACAUUUGACAAUCAUAUAUCGUUUUUCAAGUCAGAGAAAUGCAUGCCCGUUGUUUCCCAUUGUGAAACUUUCUGUUUGCCAAGAAAUUCUGAAUGUGUGUUUUACCACAAACCCAGUAAUACAUGCCUGUUGCUCUAUAUAGAGACCCACAGUCAUGACCAUAACAUUAUUGUAAACUGUUACUGUUAGUGGAUAUAUUUAGUGUGCUUUUUAUUCUGCCUAAGUUAGGCAGGAAUAAGAGAUUUUUCUGGAAUACAUAAGCUCCUAAUCACAAACCAAUGUUCUCUAAUGCAGCAUUGAAUUCUAAAAUGAUAUUAUAUUGUGAAAAGAAUGACUGAUAUGAAUUAUGUCCUCAUUAAUAUUUUGCUUUCAUUAAUAAUAACAUUUCAAUAUAAUUGAAUAUAUUUCUAUUGUUAUUACCAUUAAAUAAUAACUUUUAA